AUGAGUAGCUCGGAGUCAGAUGCAGAGGCAUUCCUGUCAGAGAGUGCCGGCCAAGAAAGCAAGCGCUCGACUGGCUUGGGCUGCAGUUUUUUCAUGCUUGCUUUCGAAGAGUUCCUGGCUCUGCUGUUGAUUGUUGCAAUUUGUCGUCAAGAUCUAGAGAAGUGGCACAUCAUUGUUAUGCAGCUUGUAGCCAUCUUUCUGGUCCAUGUCUUCUUUCAAUGUUUCCUGCGUGAUCAACUCGACCCCGUCAAUGUUGGAUUGGAGGCCAUACAGGACAACAUGGAACAUGCCAACUUCCAGCAGCUUUUCGAUCAGUUGCAUAGUGCCGCGCCGAGCAUCGAGCACAUCGCAGUGGGCCUCAAGAAAGGGUCGAAGGCAGUCGGUGGCGGCCGGAGGGUUUAUAAUCAAGUUAUACACAGGCAAACCGAGUCAAAGAACUUCGACUUCACAAGCUGGCGAGAUGUGUCAGACCCGGUAUCAGGCAGGGACGGACCAAGCGCU